GACUGUGUGAGUGUUUCUGUCCUCCUGGAGAAAACACUGAGGAGGUUUUAAAACAAACAUCCAGGAGCAGGUCUAGAGGAGUCCUCUCUGCAAAGACCAGAUUUGAGGAUUCAUGUUUGGAGCUCACUUUGGGGUGAAAACCUGCGCAGGAAAACAGACCGGCUGCUGAGGAUGUGAGAGAACCACAACACCAAACACUUCUUCACCCACAGCUGAAGACGACGUCUGAGCAGGAAGAAGUUUAAAGAUCAACAGACGACGCUCGGCUGAAGACAAACAUGGCUCUGUUCUUCUCCGGAGCCGUUACAAGUUCACCGAUUAAACGCAAGCUGAGGGCCUACCAGUCCUGUCAGAGCCUGGACACGUCUCUCCUCUCUCCUGACUCCUCGUACGUCUGUUACUCGGCUGCGGAGGGCGGAGAUCCGUGCUCCUGCCGCCGCUCACCGCGCCUCCUCACCAACGGGUACUACAGCGUCACCGACGACAGCUUCUCCUGGGACGACGAUGGCAACGUGUCCCUGACGCCCUGCAAAUCCAACGUGUCCUACAAGGAGAACGUGGUCAGGGUUUUCCGGCGCAGACGGCGGCCUCGAAGCUCACUGGCUCGCCUGCUGAGCGACGUGACGGAGAGCUGCCAGUCCUGGCUGGACGAGAAGGUCUUCAGAGGCGUGUUCGGGACAGGACAGACCCAAAACCAAAACUGGGACCAAGACUUUGACAAGAGCCAGGACCAGGCCUGGGGCAGGAGCAGUCUGGAGGGCCAGACUCUGUUAGACGAGUCGAGCUGGUCUGGAUUGAACAGCACCGAGCUGGACGACGGACGCAGCUUCACUUACGACCACACCGAGAUCCCGCCCCCUCCUGACAAAGAAGCCCCGCCUCCGAAGAUGCUCAUCCAGGAGGAGAUUUGUUCCGAGAUCUGUCAAUCAAAGGAGCGGUUCACCCAAUCACUGGGCGGCUUGUCUGAAGUCCCGCCUCCCUCUGUCUUCUACACCAACAGCUGCUGCUGUCAGACCUCACCUGAGCACACAGGAUUAACAGUGAAAGCUCUUCUCCUGCUCAUCUUCACCAUCUUCGUCCUCACUGCUCUGUACUCGGGGUGUUUCCUUUGGAGCGCCAUGGUUGCAUCGACGGUGUUCAUGGCGAUCACAACCGUCAUGAUUUUGACGAAGUCUGGGCCGAUGGGCGAGUGGAGACGUGCGAAGACAGAGGACAUCACUUCAAGAAACGAGUAAAGAAAGACAUCAGACGUCAGAGGACGGCCUCUGAAGUUUACGAUGUGGAACAGGAGGAGGGGACUGAGGAGAAAUAUUUAAAGGGGUAUUAACCGUUUGCAUGUGAGUUGCUCUUAAAGGACCGAGGUACUCCGAGCUCCGGAACACAUUUUACAGAAACACACGUUUGGGGUGCGAUAACUUUUUGAAUGUAAAUCUUUAUUGAAACGUUUAUUUUUUCACGAGACGUUUUUUAAAAAAGAAGGGCUGAAGUUCAGAUUCUAAUGAGGCUGAAACUUUUCUAACAUUAGACCUUCUAAUGCAAAGUCAAACACCGGGAAGGUCUGCGUGUUGUGGUUUCUUCCCGGCGUGUUAAAGCCGAGUCAGACGCUGUGUUUCCGUUAAGAAGCUGAAGGAGCUCGUUAACCUGGCGACACAUGUCACCGUAGUUUAGCGCUAUAUCACGUUGAAAAAACAACAUAUAUUCAUAAGGAAUAUAAAACCUCCUGGUGUAUUUUGGAAAUACUGAAAGUGUUUCUUCUAUCGUUGAUAGUGGAGCUUGGCUUUUUUUGAGCUGUCCAAACGUCAGACUGGACUCGUCUGGGGAACAAAUUCAGGUCCAACAGCAAAAAACAAACAGAGUAACCUCACUUCAGUUCAAACAGGAACUGGGACUUUUUUUAAAAUAUGAAAUGCACAAAAAACUCCUGGAGGGUGUUUUUGAUCCACCUGGAGGGUGUUACGACAGGAGACAGGUGCCAUUUUUAUCCUGAGGAAGCUGAGUUAAAAAAUAGAAAUAAUGUGAAAUAAGAAAAGGGAAAUGUGUUUGUCCUGAAACAUUAAAGCUGCAGGUAGACUCCUGGACAUCAAUCAGCCUCACUUUAUCAAGGAGCAUAUUUUAGCGCUGCCAUAUAAAGGUGUUUUCAGUUCUUUAUAUCAAGAAAAGUUUUGAAUUCAGGAACAAGAAACGUCACAAACUGUUCCUCUGGAGGGUCCGCAGCCUCUCAGUUUCUAACCUCAGUGUUCAUGCAGUGAUCUGAGGGGGCGGGGAUGCUUUGACAAAGAGGCUCUCUCCUGAUUGGCUGCAUGGAUGUCGUCUCACAGUGCAGACUGAUGCAGAGGCGGAAAAACACCAAAACAAACAUGGCGAGCGCUCCAGGAGGACCCGCACAAGAUGUGAUCCAGAAUUAGACCCCGAACAGGAGCGUGUCUCUGAGCGGGACGUUAAGAUUGUUGGGUGUUAUUCCCACUUUCUUACCUUUCCUGUGUAACUCGAUGCGGUUAAGUUCAGAGCCCGACGAAAUCAAAAAGUUAUUUCAGUUAAAGGUGACAUAUCAUGCAAAAUCAACUUUUUAAUGGUUCUCUCCCUGAAAUCUGUGUCCCUGUCUACAAACCC